AUGUCGCGUAAAAACUCCACCAUUAUCAUACUAAAAGAGACUUUGCGUUCCAUCACUUCCAAAUACGUAAUGUCCGACAUAGAAACUGGGCCAGAGAUAUUCGAAACAUCUGAUGUUGAAUCUAUGGAAGAAUUGGUGCCUCCGCCACCAAAAAGUGAAGAAAUAGCAGAUGACACAUUAGAUCCCCAGUCAGCGAGAGAAAAGUUUGAGGAAAACGUCAUAGUGGAUACGUUCGAAAUUGCGGACUUUCUGGGAAGUUUACAGAGCUCACAGAAUGGAUAUUCUGUUCGAAAACUAGGGGAGACUCCUAGCCAGCGCCUUCUACGAAUUGCUAGCGAAUUGGAGGAAAUAAAGCAGGAAUCAGACAGCAGAGAAAUUGACAGAUUGAAAAAUGAUUUAGACAAGCUAAUAGAAUAUGGGAAACAUGCUGGAUUCCACCAGGAGCUAUUUGAAGAGGCGUUUCAAUCGCUCAAAUCCGAAGACUCAUUCUCUAACAAAUUGGAGAGUACAGAUAUAGAUGACAACUAUAAAACAGCCACCCAAAGUGCUGCCACAUUUCUUGAACUUGAGAAUCGGCUCAACAGCCUUGAGCAGAAGAUUGGUCCGUCCGAUUUGCGACUCGAGAAGAGUUUGCGUAACCAUGUUAACGAUUUGGCUAGAAAAAUUGAUGUGAUCUACGAUCCAGAACACGACAUGAGCCAAAUGAAAAGUGAGCUCAAGAAACUCAACAAAGAAAUAGAAACAUUGGCCACCAAUAGGCGCUUGGCCCUGUUAUCAUUGGAUGGAAAAGUGGAUACCUUUGCGACACAGCCAUUCGAUGUGAAAAUCGAUAGCAUCUACAACAACCUCCCCGAAAUGCAGAAGAUGGCGCAGGUUUUGCCAUUACUCAUUACUCGUCUUCGGAGUUUGCACAACGUACAUGCUGAGGUGGCUCAUUCUGUUGGAUUUAUUAGCCAAAUAGAUAAGACAAUGAGCGACAUGAAGAUGGACAUGCAAAAAUGGAACGAGAGUUUGGAUUCAGUGACUGCGGGAAUAAAAGAACACCAAGAGACUUUUGAAAAUAAUAGGAAGGUUGCUGAAAGUAGAUUGGCCGAUCUCGAGAAAAGAGUAGCCAAAUUGGGGGAAUGA